AUCCUUAUGGGCGUGAUCUUUUGGGACACAAACACCCCUCACCCCCAAUGCUGAGAGGUAACAGUGUGCCAAAUCGACGACCACUUUCUUCUAAUCUAUACUUGCUGGCCGUCUCUGAGAAAACUGCAAAACGCUCUACGCGUAUUCAACAGUUGACAGAGUAACCAGCCUGAUCAUUACCUCUUCAUCGUUUACAUCUUAAAGCAUCCGGUCACGCCAUUUUCAAAUGUUGCGUGGAUGGAGAAGCUUCCUGCAAACUUUUAUUUUUUCCCCCGCCCCUCCCAGCUUCCAUUAGCUGUCCAUUCUGGUCUUAACUACAGCAUCAUUAACAUACUCUGCCAGAUCCUUUGGGAAUAUGCACCGUUUGCAAAGCAAACUAGCUGAGAUUGAUCCGACAAAAUCAAUCUAACACAACCUCCUCCUACAUUAACUAUUCGUUUGCAAUCUUAUAUUCAUCUCAAUCAACUCGAGGACUUAGAUGCCCUUUCAAAAUAAGCCAUUGACUGUCAUUCUCUUAUCUGGAUUUCUUAAAACUGCAAAUCAAAUCAAUCAUGUGGUCCACGUUCGUCGUUCAGGAUGAAGAGGCAAGGACAGCGAAUGCGCUUGCUGGCGCUCACCAACCUUCUGGUGGGCUGAAAGGGUUAACGGGACGCGGGGGAAGACACAAUCGGCGACACCGAACGUUCUCCAGUUCUGUUGAUGCCAUCAGCGAGAGCCAGGAGGGCAAGAUCAAACUUACAUUUUUCAUUGCUGUAACGGGCAUCAUGCUUACUGUGCUAGGGGUGGGCACUGAAUUUUGGGUGGAGCUUGCACCGCCAAAGAACUUCUACAACAAUGAGACUUGUCUGGCUGCACAUUAUGGUUUGUGGAAAUCCUGUAUAAAGACCUUCUGGGUCUCAGAUAUCGACCCAACGCGGGAGAGUUGUGGGCCCUUGGACUUACAAACACAAGGAGAAUCCAACUGCACCUUUUUUAAGUUCUACACCACAGGAGAGAACACCGUCCUAUUUCAGAAAACGCCAGAAAAGAAUCUGACUGUAGCGUCGACCAUGUUUGCCAUCUUUAGUCUUUUCCUGAUGGCGACGGGUGCCAUCUGCAUCAUUAUGGCAGUCAGCAAAGGCGUUCAAUUCUUCUUAAAGCCAGCCUCUGUUUGCUUCAUUCUUUCAGGUGUCUUAAUCUUCCUCUGUCUCAUUGUCUUCCACCAAUCAGUGCUUUCAUAUUUGGCAAGUGACCAAUCCAUACCUCUCCAUCAUGAAAUGUCAUGGUCAGUAACAUGCAUGGCCUGUGCCGGGGCUCUGGUUGUCAUUGCUGGGGCCUUGUUUUGGGUCCUUGUUCUUCCAUACAGCCCUUGGGAAAAGUGCCUACCUAAAAAGAAUAGUGACAUCUAGCAGUGUGGAGGCUGAAGUGCACCUCAUCCUAUUUUGCACUGUCCUGUUGUUUAUUCCCUGGAACAGAUUCAGUAUUUCCAUCCAGCUUGGAGAAUCUGGAAUGCCAAAGGAUUCAUCUUAUCUAGUUAUCUACAUGGUCUCAGAAUAUUUAUUAAGAUAAUGUAAUGUUUUUUUGUUUGUUUGGUGGUUGCCAACGUGUAGCAUGAAUAUUAGACAUGUGUUGGCACUGGAAGAUAUGGUGUAGGAAAUGGAACAGGAGGUGGGCCAGGCAUGCUGGCAGAAAACACAAGCCAUUAUAUGACAGAACUGUUCCGUGCCUUAAAUAUGAAUCCCAUGAAGAUGGGGAAUGACUAGAAUAUAUAAGCUAUAUUUUUAAUUAAACAAAUCUUGCAAUUGUAUUGCUACACUUGUUGCUGUAUUAUAUGUUUGUUAACUUAAUUCAUUUUAGGAGCCAAUCUGAAUUUGCUUAUAUGAAUUUGCAUAUACAGUGGCAGUCGUGGCCUAAUGGUUAGAGAGUCAGACUUGUGACCAGAAGGUUGCCGGUUGGAUUCUCAGGACCGGCAGGUAACGACUGAGGUGCCCUUGAGCAAGGCAUCUUACCCCUACUUGCUCGCCGGGCGCUGCAGUGAUAGCUGCCCACUGCUCCGGGUGUACGUUUGUUCACUACUUGCUGUGCGUGUUCAUACUCACUGGAUGGGUUAAAUGCAGAGGUCACAUUUCGGGUAUGGGUCACCAUAUCUGACAAAUAGGUCACUUUCAAUAUCUAGGAAUGUUAUAUUUUAGACGCAGAAGAGUAGUUGUUGCAGUUACAGUCUACUGUAUGAAAUCUUGUGAUACAUCAAACUGGGACAGUGGUUCUCAACAGGUGGGUCAUGGGUCAAUAACAGGCUGCAGAUAUGUUUUGGUGGGCAGAAAGGAAAAGGGAAAAAAUUGUAUAGCUAGGAUAGUGGAAGUUGUUUCUUAAAGAUUAAAAAAAGGGAAGAGAAAAUGUUUCCCAUAUAUUUUGUUGUUGUCCAAGGCAAAUUCAUCUCUAACUUAGUGGAAGCCAGCUAGAUUUGGACACAGCAUUGAAUGACCAUAAAACCCCCUUAGCUGGAUUGUUUCAUUGGGCAAAGUGUAUCAUAUUCUUUGGCCAGGUUAAAUGUACUGAUUCUAUGGGAUAAAAUGUUGAAAUACAAAAAUAAAUUGUGACCCUGGAUCACAAAACCAGUCUUAAGUAGCACGGGAACAUUUUUAGUAAAAGACAAAAAUACCUUGUGUGGGUCAAAAUUAUCGAUUUUUCUUUUAUGCCAAAAAUCAUUAGGAUAUUAAGUAAAGAUCAUGUUCCAUGAAGAUAUUUUGUAAAUUUCCUACCUUAAAUAUAUAAAACCUUUAUUUUUGUGAGUGGAUGGUCUGCCACAGUGCCCCUGAUUAACAACUUCAAAGGCAAGUGAGAGUUUUUUACACUCUCAGAUUCCUGAGUUUUAAACGGUUGUAUCUCAGUCAGAUAUUGUCCUAUUCUAACAACUCAUAUAUCUAUAGAAAGUUUAUUUAUUCAGCUUUCAGAUUAUUUAAAAAUCUCAAUUUCAAAAAAUUGACCCAUAAGGUUUUGUUGUCCAGGGUCAUAAUUGAAGAUUCUCUCAAACUGAGAUCCAAUAACAUGGAUGAUAAAACUGCCCCUCCCUCAGCCCCAUUUAUCUCUCAAAAAACAAAAAAGUUCUUCUUUUUGUCCUUAUGUUGUUUCCCCUUCAAAAUUCUCACAAUAAUCAAAUUCAAUCUUUCAAUUACAUCACACGCACUUUCCCCCACACACACAAACUUUCUUUUUCCUUGCUGCAGGAUUUCAAAAGGUUAAUAAAGGCUCUCUCUUACUCAGUAACCUGCAUCACCUGUCUUCAAAUAAGUCCAACCCACCCAUCAAUUAGCAAAUUAGUGGUUGUACAUUCCAAACAAUAGCAGGAGAGAGAGAGAGAGAGAGAGAGAGAGAGAGAGAGAGAGCAGAAAUACUGUAUAAACAUGUCUGUCUCGUUAAAGAGUUGUGUUUCUAUUCAUUUUCUUUAAAGAAGAUAAUUACACUUUUUCUCUGGGAAUGUGAAGAAAUUGUUGCCCUUAUUCGAACUUACUGUAUGUUUUACCAUUUUUGCUGUGAUUUUAAAAGUCUUACUGUGCAUACACAUUUUUAAUAAAUGCGUUUCAUUUACUGUGUGAUAUA